AUUAAUGAUUUUGGUCAUUGGUUCCAUCUCCAUCUGUCUUUGGCAGUAAGAGUUAAUAUAAUAAAAAUUAACAUUCUGCCCCAAUUUUUUUUUCUUUUUCAGUGUAUCCCCAUUUUCAUUAAUAAGUAGUUUUUUUAGACAGUUAGAGAAUUCAGCAGUUUUUUAUGGAAUAAGAACCCCCCCCAGAAUUAAAAACUACUUUUUACACAGGCCAAAACGUGUCGGAGGAAUGGGAUUGCCUAAUUUUCAAUAUUAUGACUAGGCCUGAAAUGUUCCCACUCUAUCUUUUUGGGGUCAGGACCCUUAGCUGGGUGAUCAGUCUACCUGGCUGCAAAUUGAGCACGCCUCUUGUCAACCUUCCUUCUAGAGCGCUGUUCUCUCUCAUCCUUGCAUAGACCUCACUGUCGAAGAUGUCACGGAAUCACCUUCAUCAGUGGCAAGGAACCUGGGCGUAAUCCUCGAUGGCAGAUGUCCUGCACCCCCAACAUCACUGCUGUGGCCCGAUCUACCAGUCUACCUCCAAACACUGGUCAGACCACACGCCCCAGUGAGAGCACUUCGCUCCACUACAUCAGCUAGCCAGAUGGUACUGCCAUUGCUGAGUCUCAAAGCCUGAAAAUUAGUCAAAUUUUCAAUAUUAUGAAAAUAUCAAUAAUUAGAUGAGAGGGAAGGCGUGAAUCCGAAGACUGACCAUCUCAGCCAGCUGUUUUUAUAAUAUGGGACUGUGCAAACUAAUCACAGAUGCUGCUCAGUUAAAAUCAACAGUGUUUAUAAAAGAGUUCUUCCAAAACACAAACCACCUACUUUAACAAACAACAUUUUGCAACAACUAGCAACAUCAAAAACAUAACCAAGCCAAACAUAUGUAUGUGUGUGUGUGUGUGUGUGUGUGUGUGUGUGUGUGUGUGUGUGUGUGUGUGUAACAGGAAGUCCCUUCGACUACAAAGAUACAAAGGCCAAAAAAAGUUCCAUAAAGGUACUCGUGCUACUGAGAGAAGUCCGCCUCUGAACUCAUUAAAGGGGAUAUACUAGACCCAGUAUCUUAGGGUAUAGCGGUGUUGUUAGCAUAGUUUCAGACUAUAACAGGUGGCUCAUAAAACUACGUGUAUCUAGGUGUGUAUGUGUGUGUGAGCGUGAGUGAGUUAGUCGAAGGAAAGGAACCUUAGUUAAUACUUAGCAGACAACAAAGACAAGACACUGACCAUGUGAGCCGGAACAUGACGUACUGUAAUCACACAUGUCGGCACAACUGUACAGGCUGGAUUAGCCUGAAUGAGCUCCUAGCUAGUGCAAUAACACAGUUAGCACACAGUACAGUAAACCAUAUUGGACUCGGCAGUCCUUUCACAACAAAACAAAGCACAACAAAGAAAAAUCUGCUAUUUACUAACUGUUUCUGCCCAAACAAAAGCCUCUUACUUGAGUUGCUCAUGGUGACUGGCGUGUGUCCCGUCUGACUUGGAACUCCCAACUUGUUUGGGAGCACGAGCAGGUGUGUGUCAGCGGGGUCAGCUUUAGGGUCCUCAACGCUGACGGCAGGCUUUAUCACAGCGAUAUGUCGACUUGAUGGAAUGAACGGACCUCGGGGGAUUCUCUAUCUGUUUCUGCCCAAACAAAAGCCUCUUACUUGGGUCAUUCGUUGGGACUAGCAUGUCCCAUCUGACUUGAAACUCCAACUUGUUUUGGAGCAAGUGCGGGGUCAGCUGUAUCGUCCUAACAGUUGACGAAGGCAGGCAGCGAUCACCCUGCGAAUCGACCUGAUGAAGGUCUAGACCUCGGGGGUUCCGUCUCCUUCUGAAGGUAAUCUCUUCCUUCUGCAGGCGGGGAGGAACGACUGGGUUGUGCAGCGUUCCUGGAUCCAAACAAUAAUGACGAAUGUUCAAAGACAAAAACGAAAGUAAAACAAAACAGUCUCUGUCUCGUCCAGCAAGGAGGGAACUGACAUUAGCUCAAUCAAAAUGGAGAACGUUUCUCAAAGUUGCACCCUUGUGGCAGUGGUUCCGUGAAACCAGGGGUCUCACUUGGACCCCAAGACCUAUAAACCGGGAGUGAUGUCACUUUGAUCCUGGCAGAGCUUCUGGGCUCACAGUCAAUAGGGACUGGGUGAACGUCUUGGGGGCAGGUCAGCCUGAGUCACAGUUUUUCACACCUUUUUGGGCCUUGGUUUCGUUCUUUUGCUCUGCAGUUCCUCAUGGCAAUAAGGCCCUAGUAGUUUGGGCUUUUGAUUUCAGCUACAGGCCUUCUCUUUGUUUGAGACAUGUGCAUGGAGAAGGCCCAGGCCCAACACAGUUAACAGGUCAGUGUAUGUGAGAAGAGUCGAUAUUGAAACCUGAGACCAGGAGUCCAAAUACAAAGUUUGAAUCACUGGUUCAGUGAGUGAUAAACAAACACAUCAUAGAGUUUUUGAAAGAAAACUAAUGAUGAUCAAACAUCUGUUCUUUGGUUGAGGAAGAAGGUUCACAUGAUGAUGGUGAAGGCUUCCUGCAGAACUGCAGAUCUUCCUGUUUGUUCAGGAUUAUCUGUGUGUGUUGAGACUGUAAUGAUGACCCUGCUGACCAGGCUCUGUGAGUGUGUGUCUGUGUGUGUGUCUGUGUGUGUGUGUGUGUGUGUGUGUGUGUGUGUCCAGUAUAAAUGCAGCUCUGAGCAUGAUCAGCUUAGAAAGCUGCCUUCCACUUUCUACUCGGCACACAUCACAUCUGCUCUCAGGUCAUCACACCAGUCAUCACCAUGACUCCUAAACAUGUUGUCUUUAAGAAAGUUUCCCGGGACAAGUCGGUGGCCGUCUACAUGGCCAAGAGAGACUUUGUGGAUCACUGUGACACCGUGGAUCCAGUGGAUGGAGUUAUUUUAAUCGACCCAGUGCAGCUUAAAGGAAAAAAAGUGUACGUGAUGCUGUCGUGCACAUUUCGGUACGGCCGUCAAGACAUGGAUGUGAUGGGCGUGGCUUUCAGGAGGGACCUGUUCCUGGUGACUAGGCAGGUUUACCCUGAGCUGCAGGACAAAGAGAAGCUGACUCAUACCAAAAUCCAGCAGAAACUGCUACGAAAACUUGGAGACAACGCCUUCCCCUUCUUCUUCGAGUUUCCAGACAACCUGCCGUGUUCUGUUGCUCUGCAGCCUGGACCCUCUGAUGUGGGAAAGAAAUGUGCUGUGGAGUUUGAGGUGAAAGCUUUCUGUGGGGACAACCAGGAUGAGAAGAUCGACAAGCAGAGUUCAGUCCGUCUCACCAUCCGGAAGAUCCAACACAGUCCAGAGAAUACUAAACUGGUUCCAGUAGCAGAGACAACCUUCGAGUUCCUGAUGUCUGAUAAACCACUGCAUGUCAAAUUGAGCCUGCCCAAAGAGACGUUUUACCAUGGUGAACCUGUCCCAGUGAAUGUAGAAAUCACUAACUCGUCCAGCAGGAAUAUCAAAGACAUCAGUGUUUCAGUUGAACAGGUGACCAAUGUUGUUCUUUAUUCCAAUGAUAAAUACGUCAAAUCCGUGGCUAAAGAGGAGACAAAUGACUCUGUCCCCUCCGGUACCAGUCUGAAGAAGGACUACACUCUCUAUCCUCUGCUAGCUCACAACAAGGACAGAAGGGGACUUGCUCUUGAUGGACGACUCAAACACGAAGACACCAACCUGGCAUCAUCGAGCAUAGUGAAGCAGGAGGUGCUUAAGGAGGUGCAGGGGAUGCUUGUCUCCUAUAAGGUCGUGGUGAGGAUGAUUGCCUCUGGGACAAUUGGAUCCAGCGAGGUGUCUUUGGAGCUUCCUUUCAGACUGAUGCAUCCGAAACCUGAACCAGCCAAGGAGGGCGAAUCAGAUGACAUGGUGUUUGAGGAGUUUAAACGAGCCUACCUGAAGGGCAUUGUUUAUGGAGAUGAUGAUGAGUCUCCCACAGAGGCAUAAACUACAAUGAGGUUGACUUCAGUCGGACCUCAGGUUUGAUCUCAGGAUUUCCAUGGCCCAGUGAUGUACUUUCCUGUAGUGUCCCCCUCAGGAUAAACUGCUUCACUGUCAGAAAUCACCAGGAUGUUUGUCACUGUAAUUGACUAGGGACCCGUCUUACACAAUGCUGCUGACAGGAUGCAGACGAGUUCUUACAAAUGGUUGUUAAUAAUUUGAUUAUUAUUUUGUCAGUUUAUUAUUUUCUUCCUUUAUCAGAAAACUGUAAAAAGUUUAAAACUUGUGACUUCAGACUUCAGAGUAAAACAUUCACUGAGAACAUAGUAAUUGUAGAUAUGUUGAAAAAUGGAAAUUUGUUGUUCUGUUAUAAUUAAAAACGCUUGUUAGUAUGACGAGAUCAUCUGAUUGGAGGUGAAACAUUAAAUAGGUGAAAAAGAUUUCAAUGUGUUUAUCUGUGCUGAUAGAUCAAUACAGAAUAUUAAUAAAAUA